GGUGAAUUACCAUCUGAUUCUGACACGUACAGAGAAGAAAGGGCCUCCAGUUUCCACAACUAUCCAGAGGAUAACACGUGCAACCAAAAAUCCAGGAGAUGUUUCCAGAACAUUCAGUGUAUAGUGGGUUGAAUUAGUGUGAGAAAGCGGUGAAGAUGAGCAGAGUAGGUGCUACAUUGAACUUGGAUUUGGCUACUGCAGUGAACAACCUGUUCAAUCUUCCUGAAACCAUGGAAAAGUUCAUGUUCUCUUCUCGGCCUUAUGAGAACCAAGAGACCAGAGGGGUCUCUACCAUUCCAGUUGACAUUUUGGAUACCCCAAAAGAGUAUAUUUUCUUCAUGGAUGUUCCUGGUCUCUCCAAGUCUGAAAUUCAGGUGACAAUUGAAGAUGAGCAUACACUUGUUAUAAGAAGCAACGGGAAAAGGAAGCGUCAAGAUGGUGAGGAUGAAGGAUGCAAGUACCUUAGGCUGGAGAGGAGAGGGCCUAAGAAUUUGCUGAGAAAGUUCCGUUUGCCUGAGAAUGCCGAUGUGUCAGCAAUUACAGCUAAGUGUGAAAAUGGAGUUUUGACUGUGAUUGUUGACAAGCACCCUCCUCCUCCCAAAUCCAAAAUAGUUGAAGUAGCCAUUGCUUGAGGGAUAAUUUGUAUUGGGAGCUAGGCCCCAUGAUUAUUUUUUUAAGUUUGUUUUUGCCGCAUGUUUGUUAGUGAAAGGAUUCUAGCUUUGCCCUUGAAGUUGUUUAGGUAGCAAUGUAAAGUGUUCCCAUGUUUGUAGUUUCCAC